GCAGCGCGCUGCUCCGGGGACACGCACCGCACCGGACCGGACCGGCACCGGCACCGGCACCGGCACCGGCACCGGACGGCGGCGGGGCCGCAUCGGGGCCGGGCCGGCUCCGCUGCAGCACCGGGCACCCGCGGCUGAGCCGUCGGGGAGUUGCCGAGGAGGAAGAGCCGGUGUGCAGCUCCUCCUCGAGUAUAGGAGGCAAAAAUGGGCCGGAAAAAAAUACAGAUCAGCCGAAUACUGGAUCAGCGGAACCGGCAGGUGACCUUCACCAAGCGGAAAUUCGGGCUGAUGAAGAAGGCAUACGAGCUGAGCGUCCUGUGCGACUGCGAGAUCGCCCUCAUCAUCUUCAACAGCACCAACCGCCUCUUCCAGUACGCCAGCACCGACAUGGACAAGGUGCUGCUCAAGUACACGGAAUACAGCGAGCCCCACGAGAGCCGCACCAACUCCGACAUCCUCGAGACGCUGAAGCGCAAGGGGCUGGGGCUGGAGAGCCACGAGCUGGAGCUGGACGAGGGGCCGGAUCCUGCGGAGAAGGCGCGAAGGCUGAGCGAGGGCAUGGACCUGUCGGUGGCACGACCCAGGUUUUACAGCCCGGCGCCGCUUCCCGAAGCAGCCUACGGCAGCUCCCCGCCGGCUGCCGAUGGAUCCCUGGGCAGCACCAGCGGUUCCCCGCAGGGCCAGGGCCGCCCGUCCACCUUCAAGCCGGCAGUGCCGAAGCCGUCAGGACGCUCGCCGGGACCGCUGCCCCCAGGUAUCGGCUACCCCCUCUUCCCUGCCGGCAGCUUGAACCGAGCCCUGGCCACCAAGACGCCCCCCCCGCUGUACCUGGGGGCAGAGGGCCGGCGUGGCGAAGCCCACGGCAGUUUGGCAAGUGGCCGGAGUGGUGGCAGCGCGGCGCGGCCGCUGUACCCCGCUCUGCAGACCCUGAGCCCCGUGCUCACCCCGGGCAGCACCGGCGCCCCGAGCCACAGCCUCAGCGGCUUCCCCUUCCUCGCCCCAGCCCAAGCGGAGUUUGGGGCUGGCGAGGCCCCGCCACCCCCCGGCUUCCUGCAGCCCGGCCCCACGGCGUGGCAGCACCCACGGGACAUGGCAGCACUGGGGGUCAGCAGCCGGAUCGUCCCCACCGAAGAGCCAGCCCCGGCCCCCGGCACCUCCCCACAGCACCAAGCCAUCAGCAUCAAGUCGGAGCGGGUCUCCCCAGGGCUGGGCUGCCCCUCGGGCACCCCCCACCCCGCCCUGGGCAGCCUGGCCUCCCUGAGCGAAGCCUCCCGAGGCCCCGGAGACCUCCAGCCACGGGAUGACUACGCCAAGGGGUACCCCUACCCCCUGGGACCCCCCCGGCCGCUCGCGGAGGAGCAGCGGAGCCCCGUCCCCACGCGGCGGGCACAGGCCAUGGACACUUGGCAGAGAUAGCGAGGCUGACGGGGUGCAGGGAUUGGGGCUGAGCCUGGGGGAGCAGCCCCCCCAGUUCACCCCCAUCCUCGGACCCCCGGGAAGCCCCCCCGUGCCCUUUGCAACGCUGCCGGGGGAGGUCGGCAGUGCCGCAGGGCUUUCCUGCGGGGUCCUGGUCCCCCAACCUGGGGCUGCAGCUCCCAGCAAACCCCCUCCCCACCCCGGUGCCCCCCACAAGCCGCCAGCCCCCCUUCCCUGCAGCUCUGACCCCCCAGCCCCCUGCAAGGCUGGGAUCCCAUGGGCGAGGAGCGCUACCCCGGUCCCCUGUCCGGUGCCAGACACUGUCCAUCCCCGUCUGUCCGUCUGUCCCUGCGCCAGCAUGUCCCCAGCGAGCGGGAAUGCCUGAGAAGUGCCACGGGGUGGCAGCAGGACUGAGAGCACCAGCAGCGGGUCCAACCCUGCACACCCCUGGCCCAAUCCUGCACCCAGCCCGGGGGGGCUGCCGGGGUCCCACAGCAGGAGGGAGGGAGGGAGGGAUGGAGGGAGGCAGCCAGGGGUGGUGGGCACUGCUCCCCCAGCCCAGGGGCUCUUUUCUAUUUAUUAUCUUCUCACCAAUAAAGAGCUGGGGGUGUUGAGGUGUCUGGUGUGAGCUUCUCGGGGUCAGGCAGCACUGCUCAGGGUGCCUAACGAGGCAGCAGGUCAUUAAUGUCCCCAAGGGGAAACGUCGCCCAUGUCCUGACCCCAUUUAGCUCAGCGCUGCUGGUCCCCCGUGUCCCCCCAGGCUCGGAGCCGCCUCUCCGGGGUCACUGACCA